CCCGACUAAUCCCUUCCGUCCCGCACCCUUCGUCCAAUCGCCCCCAGCCCAUGGAGGAUUCCAAGGGGAGCGACGGCGGCGGCGAGAGGCCCGGCGCCGACCACAACCCUAGCCCGGAUCAGCCCCCGCCGGUCGCCGCUCCCGGAGGAGGGGACGAUGCCGCCGCCGCCGCCGCUGCGGCGGCCGCGGCCUUGGCCGAGGACGAGGCGCGGCGCCCGUUCACGGCCCUCAGCCAGGUCGACGCCGACCUAGCCCUGGCGCGUGUCCUCCAGGAGCAGGAACGGGCGUAUAUGAUGCUCCGGAUGAACGGAGUCGGCGGCGGCGGCGGCGAGGGCAGCGACUACGGGAGCUCGGAGGCCGGGAGCUACGAGUACGACGAGGAUGCCGAGGAGGACUACGAGGAGGAGCUCGAGAACCACCUCCGCGUCCACCACCACGAGCACCCAGGCGGUGGCGAGGUUGAUGGGGACGAUGAUCUCGAGGCUGAUGGCGAGGGCGAGGGCGAGGGUGAGGGCGAGGAUGAAGGCGAGGAUGACGGUUCUGAAGAGAGCGAGUACGAGGAGGAGGGGUUCGAUGAGGACGAGGAGGUGGAGGAUGUGGAUCUAGACCCGGCAGAGUACGAGGACGACGAGGCUUAUGCACGGGCGCUUCAGGACGCUGAGGAGCGUGAGGUUGCCGCGCGGCUUAUGGCUCUCGCUGGGAUCAGCGAUUGGCGGGCGGUGGAGCAUGUUGAGGAUCACAUAAACGACGCGCAGGAUUCAUGGCAAGAGGUUGAUCCAGAUGAGUACUCUUAUGAGGAAUUAGUUGCAUUGGGUGAAGUAGUUGGUACAGAAAGUAGAGGUCUCUCUGCUGAUACACUUGCUUCCUUACCUUCAGUAACUUACAAGACAAAAGAUAUGCAAGAUGGCAACACAGAACAAUGUGUAAUUUGUCGUGUGGAAUUUGAGGAAGGUGAAUCUUUGGUUGCACUUCCCUGCAAUCAUUCAUACCAUCCUGACUGCAUUAAUCAGUGGCUUCAAAUAAAUAAGGUAUGCCCUAUGUGUAGCGCAGAAGUUUCUACCUCAGCAAGCAAGCAGGCAUGACCAACAGUCGUUGGUAAACCAACUUCAUCUUCAGAAAAGAAAAGAAAAGAAAAAAACCAGUUGUUGGCACUUGGUGGGAGCAUGUAGUGGCAUCAUUCUAGUAUCCCUGAUGUUUAAACCAAAGCAAGGCAGCAGAAACUUCUACAGUACAAACUUGCGAGGGGACCAGGGACAUGGAGCAUUUUUUUAUGCCUUGCCGCUGAUGCUCUGCGUUCUCUUACCUUGUACACUAACUGUGUUAUUACCGUCGAUCAAUUUUUUCUUUUCUCAGUGUAUAUUACGAGUAUCGCAUUAAUGCAUUGGGAUUUAGAGAUUUAUAUCUGGAGCU